AUGUCUUUGGCUGAUGAAUUACUUGCCGACUUGGACGAUGCUGAGGCGGCAGAGGAAUCAAUACCGGACGCGACAGGCCAAGAGCUGGAGGAUUUUACAAUGGCUUUAGCAUCAGACGGACCUACAUCUAAUUCGGUACUUGAGAAGUCCACGGUGUUGGCCGGAACUGCAGCUUUUUCGGACGUCCCCGUAACUGCCUAUGCUAAAUUGCGCAACACUGAAAGGGUAAGUUUUUUCUGA